GGAAAGGGCACGUGAUGUGAGCCAAGUUAGGAGACGAAACCCAACACAUUAAACGGUGAGUUUUGCCAUUUUGCUCUAUCUCAGAAGUAAGGAAUAGGGGAGGAGAAGGAAGAGGAUGGUGACGUCAUCGAUAGCAGCAACAUCCAUUCCACCGGCUAAAACAUUUCUAUGGAGAAGAACAAGCAUGACUGUGAAUGCGAAAGGCAGAGGUGACAAUCGAAAGCCCUUGCAGAAAGGCAGGAACCUCAGCAUCGAAGCUAUUCAGGCUGUCCAGGCUUUGAAAAGAUCCUACUACAAUUCCAAUCAAUCCCAUUCUUUCCGCCAUGUUUUCCGCUCCAAGUUCAGCCGCUUGUUGAAGCUCGAUAUGUUGGCCGUUCUCCGGGAACUCCUCCGCCAGAAUCACUGCCUUUUGGCCCUCCAGGUUUUUGAAGAUAUUCGAAAGGAAUACUGGUAUAAGCCCCAGCUCUCUUUGUAUAAUGAUAUGAUUCAAGUGAUGGCAAGUAAUGGGUAUUUAAAGCAAGUUGAAGUUCUUUGCAUUUACUUGAAAACAGAAAGUAAUUUACUUGGUGAGACUGAGGGAUUUAGUGCUCUGAUGACAACAUUGAUAAAUUUUAAACUAACCAGACUUUCCAUGGAGUGCUAUGAUUUCAUGAAAGCUCUAGGAUAUGAACCUGACAGGCCAACCUUCCGAAUGCUCAUAAAUGGUUUGGAAUCAAUAGGUGAAUCUGGUGCUUCAACUAUUUUAAGGCAGGAUGCACAAAAUUAUUAUGGUGAAUCUCUGGAUUUCUUAGAGGAGGAUGAGGAUGAGAUGACAACAAGCAAUAGCUCUGAUGAGAACCUCUUGGAGUGUCAUUGAACCUCUUCUAAAGUUUCUGGGAUUGUUUACUGCAAUACGCUUGAUGGUUCAAAAUUUUCCGGUGUUUUACAGAGCAAUCUAAUGGUUUUUCAUCACCCCAUAAGAUUACUUUCCACAUCAUUCAUUCAUUUGAUCAUCACUUCUAUUACCGCCCAAAAGCUUUCAAUUUCAGUGAAUGCUGCCUCUGACAUCUCAAAAUGUUCUUUGGGGAAAUUGCACCAGCCACCAUAAUCUGCUGAAAGCCCGUAAUUUGGAGGACAGAAAUCUGUGGCAGUGAGAAUGAUAGAGGGGCUACCUUGCAGGCACCAUAGGAUGUGAUCUACACAUCUGACCUCAAAGCAAGCUCCACAGAUUGGACACUGCAUAGAAGAUACUGUUGAAAUUCUCAAAAAGCUACCCAUGGAGGCCUUGAUUCACAUUGUGGGGACAGGCAGCAAACCCAAGAUCAAGCGUAGUUUAGUCCAUCCCAGAAGACAAAGGUAGAACCUUCAAGCUGGGAAUGGAGACUCUGAGCAUUUGGCUAUAUAUUUGAAGCAUUGUGGCAGACACAGAUAGCGGAAAGCCUUGGAAUAAGAAAGAAGAAUCCAAAACUUUUGCUCAAUUAGGGUUUGAACUUUGAACCCCCAAUUUUUUUAUUAGGGAUUUUUUGUGUUGGUUUGGCUCUUCUUUUGAGAAGAAAGAAGAAAAAACUUAAAAGAGGUGAGACCCACAGCCUGAGAAAAGUCAUUGCAUUCACACUAGUGGGAGGCUCAAGAGGCUUGUUGGUAUUUGCAAAUCCAGGACUAAAUUUUUGGACAGUUCGCUAGGAAUCAACACUUUUCAUUUGGCAAGUGAGUUCGAAUGAUAGAUAAUGAUUUGUUUUGGCUCAUGUAUAUAUAUAAAAGUUAAAUCGCUAAGAAUUAAGAUUAAGCUCUAUGAAUUAUUAUCCAAACAUUAGUUAGAAUUAUAAUUUUAACUCUUGAGAUUAAAAAAUUUAUGGUUUUUGAA